AUGCCUCAAGACAAUGAAAUAGCAGAUUCAGCAGGCUUAAAAGGCCCAGUGGUAGAUCUGAAAAGAUCGUCAUCUGUCUUCGGGUCAGAUGCCACACUAAACUCACAAAAGCGGCUGAAGGUUCAACAAUCAAGUCGACCAUCGGACACUAAGUUCUCUAGUGGUGUCAGUCACGGCAUGGCCAAGUCCAGCAACAAUUCUCGUCUUCUUUUUCUACAGCACCUUGUUCGAGAAAUUUCAACCGGUACUGAUCUCGCCGGUGCUGACUCAGAGGUUGUGGACGCGAUUUUGAGGCUGGAUGACACAUUUUGUGGGACAAAGAACCAAUUACCUUGCAGAGAUUCUUCCAUGGCUGGUGAGGUCCCAAAAUCACACCACCCAGAUCACAGUUCCAAGCUGGUCAGUGGAUCGCGUGACCCUAAGCUACCCCCGAUCAGUGAUGACAAGCUGGAACUUGCUGUCUUUACCCAUCCAGCUCUUAGCAACAAUAACAACACAACCUACGACCGACUCGAGAUUCUAGGCGAUGCAUACAUUGAGCUGAUUGCAACCAAACUCGUCUGGGAGAUAUUUCCAGAUUUACCAGCAGGUCGAAUAUCACAGAUUCGGGAGAUCCUUGUUAAGAACGAGACACUUUCGGGCUUUGCAGAAAGAUUUGGUUUGGACCGCAGGGUUUCUGUGCCACCAAACUACAAUACCCCGUCAAAGCGAUGGACUAAAACAAAGGGUGACGUCUUCGAAGCCUACGUCGCGGCAGUCAUACUAUCCGAUCCUGUUUGUGGCUACGAAGUAGCCGAGCAUUGGCUAGCAGGUUUAUGGGUGCCGAUUCUCAAGAACCUGGGGCACCAGAAAGGGGAGUUACGCUCCAAGGAGGCUCUUGCUAGGAAGAUCAUGGGGAAAAGCGUCAAGCUUGAAUACCUCGAGGAGCGUCCAUCAAUUCAACAGAAGGGUGGCACACAGACUUUCUUCGUGGCGUUAUAUCUCACAGGAUGGGGAUGGAAUAAAAGGUUUCUGGGUUCCGGUCAGGGUUUGAGUAAAGCAGCUGCAGGUGAUGAAGCAGCGAAAAAGACAUUGCUGAAUACGUCCCUGAUUCUUGAAAUCAUGUCAGCAAAGGAAUCAUGGGAGUCUAACUCUUAA